AUGAAUAACCCCAUACCAAAUUUUGGUUGUGGCUACCUUCAAUCAACGCUUCGUGCUUAACCUCGUUUCUGGGUCUGAGUUUCUCCUUUUCUUUUCUUCUCCUGUGACUGCUUUGGCUUGGACAGACUGCUUGAAAGAUCUAUUCUCUGGGUGUACACUGCACCAAAAUGAAUAUUACCCGCUCAGUUCCGGCUACUGUCUCAAGUGUCUCGUUCUCGUUUCUUACCACAGAAGAUGUUCGACGAAUCUCCGUAAAGCAAAUCACGAAUCCAGUACUCUUGGAUGAUCUGAACCGGCCAAAUCCAGGUGGACUAUAUGACCCUGCACUCGGACCCAGCGAGAAACAGGACAUCUGCUCAACGUGUCGCCUUACCUAUUUCACAUGUCCUGGGCACUUUGGUCACAUAGAGCUUCCAGCUCCAUUAUUCCACCCCCUCUUUAUGACCAAAAUGUACGAUAUCCUUCGAGGAACAUGUCUAUUUUGCCAUAGAUUUAAAGUCAGCCGGAUAACACUAUGUAAAUAUGUCGCAAAACUUCGGUUACUCGAACACGGUCUUCUAGUCGCUGCUAACAUGCUUGAUGACCUUAACGUAUCAACGGCGAAGAACGGCGAAGACGACGAGGGGUCAGACGAGCCUUUGGAGAGCUAUGAGGACUUUGAGAAAAGAGUCAAUGCCUUUGUUGCAGUCAAUUUCGCUGCUGCCUCUUCUACGAGCAGAGACAAUUAUAAAGAUGGCCUUGUGUUCCAAGAACGCAAGAAUCUCAUUUCUCAGUUCAUCAAAUUGACGCAUACCAAGAAGUGCCCGAAUCCUUCGUGUGGAGCGCACGGCUAUACAUUCCGCAAAGAGGGAUUCACGAAAAUUGUGGAGUACGAUCUUACUCAGAAGCAAAAAGACAUACAUUCCAUGUUGUCACUCAAGCGACCCGAUGUCAUGAUGGAUCAUGUAUACGCUAAGAGGCUUGCGCAGCAUCCAAAACUUGCCAAGACUGUACCAAAUAUCGUGGACGAAUCUGAUGAGGAAAUGUCUGAAGACGAACCCGCUGGUGAAAACGUCUUCUCGGACCAAGAAGACGAAGCCACCCCGGCUUCUGAGUCACAUCAUCUCGCGAAGUCUGUCAGCGGCAAGGUUAAGGGUGCGCGUGGACGGAACGAACGUGUCAUGACGCCAGAAGAAUGUCGCGCGCACCUACGAAGACUCUUUGCUAAUGAAGCGGUGAUUUGUUCUUUACUUUUUGGACGACAUGGCCCAUUCGCACCCCUGACCGCUCACAGUUUGUCGCUUGCGUCUGCCGACAUGUUCUUCCUUGGCGUUCUUCCUGUGACUCCUACACGAUUCAGACCACCAGCGAAGAUGGGUGAGAUGCUUUUCGAACAUCCUCAGAAUGAACUGCUAUCUCGUGUUCUCAAUACCUCCUACCGACUUCGUGAUCUCAACGAGACACUGCGUGCCGCUUCCGCCAAGGGUGCUGAUUCAUCGGACCUCGACAAGAGGAAGAUCUUGCAAGCAUUGUUAGACUCCCUCGUCCAACUACAAGUCGAUGUCAAUAGCUUCAUUGAUAGCAGCAAGAAUCCGGCACCGGUGCGACAAGGCAAACUUCCUCCAGCCGGCGUGAAGCAGCUUCUGGAGAAGAAGGAGGGUCUUUUCCGUAUGCAUAUGAUGGGGAAACGAGUCAAUUAUGCUGCUCGUUCAGUCAUUUCUCCAGAUGUCAACAUUGAGCCAAAUGAAAUUGGUGUACCUCCUGUCUUCGCAAGGAAAUUGACCUUCCCUGAACCCGUAACACCUGCCAAUUUCCACGAAAUGCGUACAUUGGUUAUCGCUGGUCCACAUAAUUAUCCAGGAGCAACUAUGGUCGAAUAUGAGGAUGGCCAUCUCCAGUUCUUGGAAAAAAUGACAGUUGAACAACGGACAGCAAUUGCAAACCAACUUUUGACUCCUCAAGAGGGUGACCGAGGGUCAUCCAAAACCGGACUGCACACUCGCACACCGGCCAUCAACAAAAAAGUAUAUAGACAUCUACGGGACGGUGAUUUACUAAUUCUUAAUCGACAACCUACACUACAUAAACCCAGUAUGAUGGUUCAUAAAGCACGGGUGCUACAGGGAGAGAAAACAAUUCGAAUGCACUAUGCGAACUGUAACUCUUAUAACGCUGAUUUCGACGGUGAUGAGAUGAACAUCCAUUUCCCUCAGAAUCAGGUAGCUCGAGCCGAAGCCAUGUUCAUCGCCAACACCGACAACCAGUACCUCGUUCCGACCUCCGGAAAGCCCCUGCGAGGUUUAAUUCAGGAUCACGUCGUGGCUGGUGUGUGGAUGACAGCACAGGAUGCAUUCUUCACGCGUGAAGAGUACAACCAGCUGCUGUAUGGUGCCCUCAGACCUGAGGACGACACUGGUCACUACAGCGGGCGUCUGGUAACUCUCCCACCCACUAUCUGGAAGCCGAAACCUUUGUGGACGGGCAAGCAGAUCAUUUCCACUGUUUUAAAGAAUAUCACGCCGAGUAAUGCCGAUGGUCUGAACCUUGACGCGAAGGCUAAAGUGCCCGGUCAUCUGUGGGGAAAGGAUUCUCAAGAAGAGAAGGUAAUAUUCAUGGAUGGCGAACUUCUCUGUGGAGUUCUUGACAAAUCGGCGUUUGGUGCAUCCGACUACGGCUUGGUCCAUUCAGUGUAUGAAUUGUAUGGUGCCGAUGUAGCUGGUAGACUUCUUGGGAUCCUCAGCCGACUAUUCACGAAGUUCUUGCAACACCGAGCCUUCACUUGCCGCGUGGACGAUCUUACUCUUACACCGGAGGGCAAUGCCAAACGGCGGGAGCUUCUGCAAAAAGGCGCGAAUCUUGGCACAGAGGGCGCCAUCGAGAACUUCCCCUCGCUCAGCACAACUCCACCCGAAGAGAGGUUAUCCAAGCUGAGCGACCUCCUGGAGGACGUGUUGCGAGACGACAGUAAGAUGGCUGGCUUGGAUAUGACCGUGAAGGGCAAACUGGCAAGGCUCACCAAGUCAAUCGCUGAUGCUUGCAUGCCGCAUGGACUACUGCGCCAGUUCCCCCAUAACCACAUGCAGGCCAUGACUCUAUCGGGUGCAAAGGGUAGUGCUGUCAACGCCCAACAAAUUUCCUGCGCGCUCGGACAACAAGAGCUAGAAGGUCGGCGUGUCCCCGUUAUGGUCAGUGGCAAGACACUACCUUCCUUCAAGCCCUUCGAGACGAAGGCCAUAGCCGGCGGAUACGUAGCAAGCCGAUUCUUAACCGGUGUCAAGCCUCAAGAGUUUUUCUUCCACUGUAUGGCUGGUCGGGAGGGUCUUAUCGACACUGCUGUCAAGACGUCAAGAUCAGGCUAUCUGCAGAGAUGUCUGAUUAAGCAUCUGGAAGGCCUUCGCGUUCACUACGAUAACACUGUUCGAGGAAGCGACGCUUCAAUCUACCAGUUCCAUUAUGGCGGUGAUGCCUUGGAUGUAACGAAGCAGAAGCACCUAUACCAAUUCGAGUUCAUGGCACGCAACGAGGUUUCUUUCGUCAAUCGGUAUAGACCACGGGAGCUUCUUGGAAUUAUGAACGACAAAGAUGCGGUAAAAUAUAUGGAGGGCAUACUCAAGGAAAUCAGGAAAACGUCUCAUACUGAUCAGGAGCCUACAAUCUCCGUCUAUAAUCCAAGUCGCUUUUUGGGUAGCACUUCAGAGAAGUUCGCUCAGAAUGUCGAGGAGUAUGUCAGAAAGAACCCGCAUAAACUCUUGAAGUCUAAAGAUGAUCACGGCCUGCCUAUUAAGAGGCGGAAGCCGCUGCUCUCCUCCAAACGAUUCCGGCUGCUCAUGAACGUCAAAUACAUGUGUAGCUUGGUGGAUCCGGGCGAGGCUGUUGGUCUGCUAGCUUCCCAGGGUGUUGGGGAACCCUCCACGCAGAUGACGCUGAAUACGUUCCACUUCGCCGGACAUGGCGCCGCCAACGUCACCCUAGGCAUUCCUCGUCUUCGUGAAAUCGUCAUGACAGCUUCUACAAAGCCAAAGACCCCUUCUAUGACGAUGAACGUCCGAUCUGCUAUUGCCACUUCUGAAAUCGAUGCCUUCUGCAAGAAAGCUGGCCGUUUGACCAUGUCUCAGGUAGUGGACAAAGUGACUGUCAGGGAGAAGCUCGUAUCCAAUCAUGGCUCUCGACUAAAGGAAUACCUCGUUGAUCUUGCUUUCUAUCCCAAGAUCGAUUACCAGGCAGAAUACGACGUACAGCCGUCAGAGAUUCUAGCUGCCUUUGCAACACGGUUCCCUCUCAUUUUCAAGAGGGAGAUUCAAACCGAGCUGAAGAAGCUUGACCAAGACCUAAAGACUCAAAUGGCCAAUAUUGGUAAGGGAAAAGCUGUUCAGCCACGAUCCGGAGAAUCCGCGCGAGAUAAUGAUGGUGAGGGCGAUGCCGAGAAUGAGGAGCGUCAGAGGGACAAAGAAGACGACGAAGCCAGCGAGAUCGGUGACGGCGAUGCAUCCACCGUUAAACGUCAACGUCAAACGAAGGAGCAAGUGAGCUAUGACGAUGACGAUGAGGAAACCAAGAGCUUGGGCGAGCUUGAUGAUGAUGCGAUCGAGGCGGCAUAUGCCUCUGUGGGUGAGGAUGAGCCCGAGCCAGUUGUCGAGAGCAAAGAAGCAUCAGCUUCGAAGGAGUUCUUGGAUCAACUUCAUGCUACCGAACAACUUUUCAUGGAGCACUUCCCACGUGCGAGUUCGUUUACGUUCCAAGAGUCCGGAUGUACCAUUGGGUUUGAGCUACCCUCUGACAUGCCCAAGCUCCUGCUGGUGGGCAUCGUGGAGAGAACAUGCCUCAAAGCUGUCAUUCGCGAGAUACCGGGAAUAACGGACUGCUUCAAGAGCAAGGAUGAUAGCGGUCGCGGUGAAGGUCUAUAUCGACUCACCACUAACGGAUCCAAUAUCCCCGGUCUUUGGCAUUUCGCCUGUAGCGAUGCUGAGAAUAUAAUUGACGAGCGCAGCAUCUAUUCCAACGAUAUAGACGCUAUUCGCCGCUCGUAUGGUGUGGAGGCAGGUCGUGCUACGAUCCUUCGCGAAAUUGCGGGCGUGUUCGAUGUCUACAAGAUAGAUGUCGAUGCCCGUCACCUUGAGCUCAUCGCUGACUACAUGACGUUCGAUGGUGGAUACCGGCCGUUCAAUCGUACUGGAAUUUCUGGUAACCCAUCUCCGCUACUCAAAGCUUCGUUUGAAACCACAGCAUCGUUCCUAUCUGAAGCCACCUUGCACGGAGAUUUCGACGAUCUGAGGUCCCCGUCAGGUAACAUCGUGGUCGGUAGGCUUAACCUGACAGGCACUGGCGUGUUCGAUGUUGUACUACCUGUGGAUGCGGCCGCCUAGUGGCGAAGUGUAAUUUAGGGUAGAGUUUUUUUUUUUGACAUGAUCGAUCUCGCGACUAUGGUUGGUCUUCGAUCGAGAGACGUGUGUAGAUUCCAAGGUUGGCGAUCGUGAGAGCUGUAGAAUCUAUGUUUUGUACUUGCACGUUGUAUUGUAAAUGCUUUAUUUGCUUUGUUGUAUCUUGAGGUGGAAAAACCAUCGCAUAAGCAGAGCCCUUCACAAUCGAACUCUGUCUUGAGGGAGGGAAUCGAGCGAACCUUCACAUCUUGGUUGCCUGAAGACAAUAGUAUCGAUUUCCUGACGUUGACGCCGUCGCGCAAAUCGGAAGGCUAGAUACAGUGGACGAUAGGUAGUUACACGUUCAUGGCGCGGCCAGGCCAGGCCACAUUUCUUCCUC